AGGCCGCGGCGCGCUUCGAGCGUUUCGAUGGAGUCUGUGGUGGAGGAGUUGAUGCCCCGCCUCUUACCCGUAGAGGACUGCGACCUCGCGGAAGACUUCGACCCCACGGUGCCCCCCCGAACUCCCCAGGAGUACUUAAAGCGGGUCCAGAUUGAAGCUGCAAAAUGUCCUGAUGUUGUUGUGGCCCAGAUUGAUCCCAAGAAACUGAAAAAGAAGCAGACUGUAAAUAUUUCACUUUCAGGGUGUCAACCUGCUCCUGAAGGAUACUCUCCAACUCUGAAAUGGCAACAGCAACAAGUGUCUCAUUUUUCAACCAUACGCCAGAGUGUGAACAAGCACAGGGAUCACUGGAAAGCACAGCAUUUGGACAGCAAUGUAACAAUGCCCACAACAGAUGAUGAAGAAGGUUGGAAAAAAUUCUGCUUAGGUGAAAAGUUGUAUUUAGAGUUAACAGAUCAAAUCUCAAGGGAUGAAAGUCCAGGAAUUGAUUAUGUACAGAUUGGCUUUCCUCCAUUGUUGAGCAUUGUUAGCAGAAUGAAUCAGGCAACAGUGACCAGUGUCUUGGAAUACUUGACAAACUGGCUGGUGGAAAAAGAAUUUACUCCAGAACUGGGCAGAUGGCUUUAUGCUUUGUUAGCUUGUCUGGAGAAGCCAUUAUUACCAGAGGCUCACUCUCUAAUUCGACAACUGGCUAGGAAAUGCUCUGAGGUGAGAGUACUGGAGGAGAACAAGAAUGAUGAAAAAGUGUCUGCUCUAAACUUAUUGAUUUGUUUGGUUGGAAGGUAUUUUGACCAAUAUGAUCUGGCUGACGAGGCAUCCUGAUGAACAUAUGGAAACUAUACAUGCACAAAUUGUUAAUCUUUAUCAGGCAGUACUUUCAUGACUGAAGUAUGAAGAAUGGAUGCACCACAUAUUCCAAUGUGACCUUAGUGGAUACUUGUAUACUUGUGUUUUUUUUAAGAAAACAGACUGAGUUUAGCAAGUGGAGAUGUUAAUAAAAUAUUUUCUUACAAAUUAU